AUGAAUUCCGAUGUUGUACGUUUGCCUGUAGAUUACGAACCAGGUUCAUUUUACAUUGCAAUGGUUGGUUUAGGUACAUUUAAUGGUAGCCAACAACCAUUCAAGAAUUACUAUUUGAUGAUUGAUAUUGGUAGUGAUCAGACAUGGAUUCAGUGCGAAGGUUUCACAAAAGUUUUCCAUCAAGAUAUGCCCCUUUAUCAUUGGAGAUCGUCUUCUACGUAUCGUCAUGUUCCUUGUAAUACUCAUCCUCUUUGCAAGGGAGAUAAGUGCAAUGCCGACGGCCAAUGCACUUAUAAAGUACGCUAUGCGAGCGGAUCAGUUACAUCUGGUAUUGUAGCUGAAGAAAAAUUUACUUUAGGCUAUAAUACUGGUGAUCUUGAAAGAAUACUCGGCUUAGGACCAGGAGAAUGGUCAUUUCUAAAUCAAUUAGGUGCUGCUGGAGAAGGAAAAUUUUCCUAUUGUUUGGAGAUGUUUAACGAUAGGAUUAGGGGAUCAGAUAUAUAUUUAAGAUUUGGUGCCGAUGCAACAAUUGGAGGCGUAUUUCAGACAACUCCCACUGUGGUUCCUCUGUUUCGGACGAAGCUUCAUUAUUACUUAAAUCUAGAAGAUAUUAGUGUUGCUAAUAAAAGAGUACGAUUUCCUAAAGGUACUUUUGAAGUGAAAUCCCGAAAAGAAGGUGGUAUUAUCAUAGACUCAGGUGCUCCUUUUUCCACGAUGUAUAAAGAUCAUUUUGAUAGAGUCGCAGAUUUGGUUAAGUCACAUUUUAGAGAGCUUAGAGUAGAAUAUAUUAGCACCUAUAACAGUUUUGAUGCUUGUUUCCGCCUGCCUGGAAGAUUUGAUAUUACGCACUAUCCUUCAAUAACACUUCAUUUUCAACAAGCCAAUUAUGUUAUUUCAGAUUAUAAAGCUAAUUUUGUGAUUAUAUUCGCAAAAACCAUCUACUUAGGCUUUUUCCGAAUGGAUAAAAAUAAGCCCGCUUUUAUUUUAGGAGCAAUGCAACAAGGAAAUAAACAUAUUUUGUAUAAUGUUAUGGACCAGUCACUCUCAUUCGCUACAGAGUAUUGUGAAUUAGAUGGAGAAGAACAUGGUUUAUUUGUUGGCGGAAUUGGUUCUGAUGCAGUAUGCCAUGAUAAUGUUCUCCGCUCCGGCCAUGUUGGCUGCCUCUGCAGUCUAUGCAGCAAGGUGCACCACUUAAGCUUCAUAGCAGCUUCUGUGAAUCUCAGCUCAGCUAAUCCAAAAUCCGUUCGCUUGAUGACCCAGAGGCUUUUGGCUGGAUACAGUAAUUGCUACAGCACUAAUAGUGAAAGAGAAUAG